UUGUUUCCUUCCGUGUGUUCAUUAGGGUUAUUGUAGAGAGGCUGCACGUUAUCAUGUCUACGUUAACAAUUCGGCCCUUUGCAUCGACGGUGCGCGGCCAUAGCGGAGCUCCGCUGCGACCAGCAAAGUUCACACGUAUCGCUCUGCUGCCUGUUGCGUCCAGUAAAGGCUUUGGAGAUCCAAAGAAAGAUGCGGCAGUCAAACCGACCCAACAGGCCCAGCAGCAACGGCAAGCAGCCACUGCCGUGCAAAGCCCCCCUCCUGCCCCAACAACAACCCCAGCGGCAGCCUCCUCUCCUCGAGCUCGCGUAGCCCGGGAAACACCGCAGGUUGUUGUGGACCGCAUAUUCCGGCGCAUCCUGGUGUGUUCGGGGCUGCCGGUGUUUACUGGGAUGGCGCUCUUCCCCGUCUUCUACUGGUUGCGGGUGGUCCAAGACAUCGAGUACCCGCUGUGGAUCGUGUACAUCGCACAGCUCCUCACCUUUGGCGGCGGUCUGGCGGGCAUCACCUACGGCGCGCUGUCAGCCUCGUGGGACCCGUCACGCGAGGGCAGUGUGCUGGGCUGGAGGGAGCUGCAGGCCAACCUGUCCAUCGUUAUGAACAACCGCAACAACAAGGUGGAGCCUUGAGACGGUUAAGAGAGGGGGGCAGUGUAUGGUUCUUAGGUUUGGACGCGACCGUGUUUUGGGUUUUAGAGGGCCUGCCUGUGUUUUCUGAUCGGUGGGAUCGAAGAGGGCCUCUUCGGUGGCGCGAGACUGUUGGUGUUUCGGUUCAUUGGAUAAAACAAUUUUGACUAAGUGAAGGGAGAGUCCUGGGAGAGUCCUGGGAGCGAGAUUACACUUGAUGGGCUAUGUGGGAAUGUUAGAGAGGGAUCGAACCUAGCAGCGUAGUUACACGGUACACGUGUAGGAAGAAGAGGGGCAUUACCUGUAGAGCGAAGAGACACAAUUAUAGCAGGUAUAAGUGGGUAAAGCGGUGAAGUGGUUUGCUGAAGUACACCUUCAGGCGCUUGAGGCUUGAGCAGGCUGGCAUACAGUAUGUGCGGCUGGAGCCGUACUGGUGCUACAUGAAGAGGGUUGUAGGAGUGUACGAAUGUAUUGGAAAUGGUGCGUACAGCAGCACCACACAUGUGCCAUGUACAUUACCGGCAAUGUGUAUUCACGGAGUCGAGUGAAAAAUGUAUGCCAUGCUUCCGACCCACCAUCGCACCAUGAACCAACGUGCUUCAUGGUGUUUAGUAGUGGUAGCCAAGGGCUUUUCAUUGCUUCUCAUACCUUUCUCG